AUGAUACAUAUACUAACAGUCUUGAAUGACUGGUUUUGGUGGGAGGACAUCUGGAUGCCCAGAAACUGUUCAUGGAAAAACUUUGAAGAUCACAAUGGAUAUGUCUUUCCCAAACCACAGCAGCUAUAUGCCAUAAUACCAUAUGCCUUUGUGAUGUUGGCUGUUAGGUUCUUUGCUGAAAGGUGUUUUGCUAUUCCUCUAGCAAAUAUUUUGGGCAUAAAGAAAACAAGACGGGUGAAGCCUCAGCCUAAUCCCACAUUAGAGGCUUUUUUCAAAGAGUGUAGAAAACCAGCACAGUCAGAGAUACGUAGAUUAGCCAAAAAGUGCAAUUGGACAGUGCACCUGGUAGAAAAAUGGUUCAGACGACGACGAAAUCUAGAAAUCCCAACUUUACACAAGAAAUUCCAAGAGGCUUGUUGGCGAUUUCUAUUCUAUUCCACAUCAUUUACUGCUGGAAUUAUAUUUCUCUAUGAUAAACCCUGGUUCUAUGAUCUCUGGCAAGUGUGGGCGAACUAUCCAUUCCAUUCAGUUCUGCCAUCCCAGUAUUGGUACUACAUGCUUGAAAUGAGUUUUUAUUUGUCACUGCUGUUUACUCUUGGGAUCGACACCAAAAGGAAGGACUUUAAAGCCCACGUGGUUCACCAUUUUGCAGCCCUUGCUUUGAUGUUCUGCUCUUGGAGUGCCAAUUACAUCCGACUUGGGACGCUGGUGAUGAUCGUCCAUGACUUCGCAGACAUCUGGCUGGAGGCUGCUAAGAUGUUCAACUAUGCGCGCUGGGAGAAUACCUGCAGCGUCCUUUUUGUCAUCUUCUCAAUUGCAUUCUUUAUCACACGGCUAGUUCUCUUCCCUUUUUGGAUUCUACGGGCCACGUUAUAUUAUCCUACAUUUUAUACGCAGACGGUUAUUGUAGCAUAUUUCUUCUUCAACGGGCAGCUAUUGAUCCUGCAAGGUCUACAUAUCUACUGGGCCUACUUAGUUUUCAACAUUCUGAAGAAAUUCAUUUUCGUAAAGGUGCUCAGGAUUCCUAUCCCAGCUUGGGCUAAAAUAAGCAAUGACAAGAACGUGAAAGAUGACAGGAGCGACGAAGAGGAGGAAGAUUCAUUCAGCGAUGCUGAGGAGGCGCACAUGAAAAACGGACACAAGAACGGCUGCGGAUCAAGCCAGCCUCUCCUGAACAACAACCAUUAGCAUAUAGACAGUAGAGUUUCCCCGUGGCGUUGCUUGCUGUGUCCCGUAACCCAUCCUACAGUAGAGAGUUUAGCGUCAACAUCUUAACCAGAGUCCAUGAUUGAUUUUAUUGCCGGUCACUUGAGCUGGAAGAGAGCCCAGUUUUUCUCCCAAGAGUGAAAAUAACUUGCUUAACUCUACAAUAUGUGUUUAAUGGCCCAAUUUUGAAUGCGCUGUAUAAGAGUGUACAGCAAACAUGACCUUUUCAAGUUGGGGAAUGCUCAACGAU